GUGAUAUGUAUACGACUUUGUGUGUCAACUCCCUAAUAAGAAAAUGAACUAACUUCAUGUCGUUUGAGCGAAAUGGAUUUGUCAUUGUCAAAAUUGCAUCAACAAACGGCUUACUUCAAGAAAAAAGAUGAUUAAUCUAACCGAAGACCAAAAUUUCGACGGCUACACUCUCCUUAUAGCAUGUGUAUCCGUCGGUAACCUCUCACAAAUGUCAGCCGACUUACUCAUAAAUUCUUUAAAAAUGAAAAGACUAGGCACAAUGUGGCACCCUGCAUGUGCCCCCAUAUCAGGUGUCAACCCUUACGGCUACAAUCAUCAAACUGACACCACCAGCAACUACUUAACAUCCCUAAACACAGCUUUGGAGAUUUUCCAUGAUGCCAGUAAAAAGAUUGCAAUACUACAAAUGAGAUCAUCUAUAAACAAUCUAUUGAAGCAAGAAUUUGUAGAUAAAUUAGUAGACUUUUUAGGCAGCAAAAACUUUUCGAGGAUUUUAAUUCUCAGCAGUUGCUACAGUUGUAAAUUGACACGUUUGUGCGAUGCUGUUUAUAGAGGUUCUUUGGCCAUGCAUUACACAGGUUGCAAUGAUGUAGAUGAUGUUCUGUCGAAGUCUCCAAACUGGAUUAGAUAUGAUAGUAAUGAUGAUAAUGGUAGUCUGAUUAAUAGCAUACCAGGAUGUGCUAAGGCACUUUAUGAGAAAUGUAUGGAAAGGAGUUUGCCGGUUUUGUUAAUUUUUCGGUAUUGUACAGACGGGGAUAAUAAAAAUGAAGCUUUUUUGACUACUAGUGUUUUAAACGAGCUUAUUGAUGUGUUAAACGAAGCAAACGGUGAAUUGGACAUUGUUGUACCAAAGUCUUGGAAUUAUCUUUAUGGAAAUAUUCCACCCGAUAAUAUAUUCUAAUUACCAUGUUAUUUUUUUCACUGUU